UGUAUUGAAGACUUUCCCUAUUCAAAACCAGUAUACCCAGUAUACAAAACAAUGGGAAAAGGGGACCACUACCCAAAGCAAAUUGCUUUUUCCUCCGCAGCCUGCGCACCAUUUAUCUCUUAUCAUUACCCUCUCUAGAAUUCAUCUGCGUAUUUGCUUGCGUCAAAGGUCAAUCAAUUGAGCUUCCCAUUUUCCAAUCCGUGAAAAUUAUAUAUCUGAGAACACAAUUGAUCAGCCUUCCAAUGCCAGUAGAAUUAUCCAAUCGCAGAGAGAACAAUAUGGGAAUUUCUAAUUGUGGCUUUCUCACUUUAGUUUUCCUCCUCUGUAUCUCAACUCAAUCAGCAAUUUCAGAGUUAGCUCCCAAUAACUUUCUCGAAUGCUUUCACUCCCAAACAAAUCAUUCCGUCUCCAAUUCCUCUUCUAACGUAAUUUUCACUACAAACAGCUCCUCGUACACCUCCGUCUUGCAAUCUUCAGCUCAAAACCUCCGGUUCGUGACUGCUUCCACACCAAAACCCCAACUCAUUAUUCGGCCACUUCACGAAUCCCACAUUCAAGCAGCUGUCAUUUGUUCCAGAAAAAACAGCAUUAACAUACGAAUCCGAAGUGGGGGCCACGACUACGAGGGCCUUUCUUAUUAUGCAUCCAACAUCCCGUUCAUCAUCGUCGACCUUGCCAAUCUCCGGUCCAUUAAAAUCGAUGUGGAAAACAAGACCGCUUGGGUCGAAUCAGGCGCAACACUAGGUGAAUUGUACCAUGCAAUUGCUGAAGAAAGCAACAUUUACGGUUUUCCAGCCGGUUCUUGCUCCACGAUGGGCGUUGGAGGGCACUUGGCUGGCGGAGGAUUCGGUACCAUUUUCAGAAAAUAUGGCCUUGCCGCAGAUAAUGUCAUUGAUGCUCGAAUAGUAGAUGUAAACGGAAGGAUAAUCGAUAGGAAGUCAAUGGGGGAAGAACUUUUUUGGGCUAUUAGAGGUGGAGGAGGAGCGAGCUUUGGAAUCAUUUUCGCUUGGAAAAUAAAGCUCGUUCCUGUUCCAUCAAUAGUUACCGUGUUCACUAUCCAUAAGACAUUGGAACCAGGCGCAACAAAGCUCCUACAAACGUGGCAACUCGUAGCAGAUAAACUCUCAGACACUCUAUUUCUCGAUGUUGUAAUAGCAGGAAAAUCAAAUAACAAGAUCGCAGUUUCUUUCCGGGCUUUAUUUUUGGGAGUAAGUGAGGAACUCCUGACUACGAUGGAGAAGAGUUUUCCUGAGCUGGGCGUGGAGCGCAAGGACUGCACCGAGAUGAGCUGGAUCCAAUCGGUCCUUCACUUCGCCGAUUUCUCAACCCGGGAAUCAUAUGAUGUUUUGCUCAACAGGACUAACCGAUACCAGUCCUCUUUCAAGGCGAAAUCAGAUUACGUGAAGGAACCCAUAUCGGAAAAAGGAUUAGAAGGGCUGUGGAAAAUACUUGGUGAAGAAAAAAGAGGUUAUAUGAUUUGGACCCCUUACGGUGGUAGAAUGAGCGAGUUUUCGGAAUUUGAGAUCCCUUUCCCUCAUAGAAGUGGGAAUUUGUACCUAAUCCAAUAUAUGGUUACUUGGAAAGCCGAGGAGGAAACAGAGGAGCAUGUGAAUUGGAUUAGAAGGCUUUACGAAUAUAUGACACCUUUUGUUUCGAAGAAUCCAAGGUCCGCCUAUCUUAAUUACAGAGAUCUUGACUUGGGGAUUAAUAGGAAUGAGAAUGAAAGCUAUGGACAAGCAAGUGUUUGGGGACUAAAGUAUUUCAAUAGUAAUUUCAAGAGGCUGGCACAAAUCAAGGCCGAAGUUGAUCCAAGUGACUUCUUUUGGUAUGAGCAGAGUAUACCAUUGUUUCUAUCAUUAGAGAAAAUGGAAAAGUAGAAUUGGUUGGAUCCGUCCUGGCACGGCCCAUUAUAAAUGCAAUAAAGAUUUGAAGAUUUAAGCA